AGCUGCAGGCUCUGGUUACACCCUCUCCACCCUCUCACUGUCCCCGCUGCAGGAUGGAGCACACAGCUGUGAGGUUCUGAUAAUAAUCCUCUUACACAUUCUUCCAUCAUUCGGUUUGGUCUUAGAAGAGCGAGCAGCUUCCACACUGAAGAGCAGAGAUUCGUCGCCAUGUCAAUACGGAGGCUUUGGAGCAACCCUAAAACUCUGGGGGAUGUCAAUGUUGUGACAGAGGAGCUGAAGAACCUUUAUUAUAAGAGGCUGAUGCCGAUUGAGAAAUAUUACGCCUUCAGUCACUUUCAUUCCCCGUGCUACGAGGAUGCAGAGUUCGACAAUAAACCCAUGGUGUUGGUGAUGGGUCAGUACUCGACUGGAAAGACUACUUUCAUCAGGUAUCUCAUAGAACAAGAUUUCCUUGGCAGCAGAGUAGGACCAGAGCCAACCACGGACUGCUUCACUGCCCUCAUGCACGGAGAGGUGGAAGGCAUCAUCCCUGGAAAUGCCCUCACAGUGGACCCCAAAAAGCCCUUUCGCAACCUCGACCCUUUUGGAAAUGCUUUUCUGAACAGGUUUCAGUGCGUCCAGAUGCCAAAUAAAGUCCUGGAGAGCGUGAGCAUUAUCGACACGCCGGGCAUCUUAACUGCUGCGAGAAGAAAAAUGAGUCGAGGCUACGACUUCCCAGCAGUGCUGCGCUGGUUUGCAGAGCGUGUGGAUCGGAUCAUCCUGCUGUUUGAUGCACAUAAACUAGAGUUCUCCGAUGAGCUCACUCGGGCCUUCGGAGCGCUGUGCGGACACGAGGACAAGCUGCGUGUGGUUCUCAACAAGGCCGACAGGGUGGACUCGCAGCAGCUCAUGAGAGUGUACGGCUCCCUCAUGUGGUCGCUGGGGAAAGUGUUUAAAACCCCGGAGGUCUUGCGGGUUUAUAUCGGAUCUUUCUGGUCAGAGCCAAGGCAGGUGUGCGACCACUAUCAGCUGAUCGAGGUGGAGGAGGAGGACCUGCUGGCCGACAUCAGGAACCUGCCGCGCAAUGCUGCAGUACGCAAGCUGAAUGACCUGGUGAAGAGGGCCCGCUUAGUGAGGGCUCAUGCCCACAUCAUCAGCUAUCUGAAGAAGGAGAUGCCGACUAUUUUCUGCAAAGAAAGCAAAAAGCACAACCUGAUUUACCAGCUUCCUGUGAUUUUCACCAAGAUCCAGCAACAGCAUCGAGUCCCAGCGGGCGACUUCCCUGACUGCACCAAGAUGCAGGAGAAGCUUUUAGGUCAAGAUUUCUCAAAGUUCAAGACGCUGAAGCCCAGUCUGAUGGCCUCGCUGGAUAAACUCCUGGCCACUGACAUCGCCAACCUGGUGCCUCUUCUCCAACAACAGGAACUGAGGAAGGAAAGGAAGAAAUCCCUCCCUGGAGUGCUGGACGGGGAGUUUUUGGGAACAUUCAGGCGUGAGCAUUACAAAAAAGAUCCUUUCAAGGAAUUCAGGAGAGACGACGAGAGCGGCGAGGCGGAAUUCGUCGAGUGGGCGGUGGAGAAAUACAAGCCGAAGUACGACGAGAUUUUCUACAACCUCAGUCCAAACGGCGGCAAACUGAGCGGCACCAAAGUCCGAGAGUGGAUGACCACCACGCUGCUGCCCAGCUCCGUGCUCGCUCACAUCUGGAGGCUAUCGGACGUGGACGGGGACGGCAUGCUGGACAAUGAGGAGUUCGCUCUGGCGGUCCACCUCAUUGAGGGGAAGCUGGAGGGACACUGGCUCCCCCGAGAGCUGCCGUCCCACCUGGUGCCCCCGUCAAAACGGCUCAGUACAGCCAGCGAUGAAGAGCAAACAUGAGGUUCUGUGUACUUUAUGUAGACAAUUGUACAUAAUCUAGUAGUAGCAGUACAGAACUAACACAAUGUACAGAACCUGAGAAGGUGUUAUCCAUUUGUAUGAUAAUCCUCAUGACACCUAAAAGAUUGGCAUUAAUGGUUUCGCAUCAUAUUGUUACCCAUAUUUCACUUCUGCAUCCAAUCAAGUAACCGGGAAUGAAGAAUGAUACAG